UCAAAGGCUGUUUCACAGUGAAAAUAUGCUCAGUGCAGCUGAGUGCAUGAAUGAAAAAGCCUCCGGUAGCUUCUAGGCUAGCAAAAUGCAGCACAAGGCUCAACUUACCUUGGCAUUUCUCCUGUCCCAGGUUCUGCUGCUUGCAUUCACGGAAGAUUUAGAAUGCAUCCCUGGAUUCCAACAAAAGGUUUUUCAUAUUGAACACCCGUCUGUAUUCACGGCGGACCAGCCAAUUCUGAAUUUGGUAUUUGAUGAUUGUCAAGGAAAUCACAAAUUGAACUUUGAAGUUUCAAAUCCAGAGUUCAAAGUGGAGCCCAACGGAGGUUUAGUUGCACUGAGAAAUUUAACGGAAGCUGGCAGAUCCUUAUUCAUCCAUGCCCGAUCAGCGCAGGCCGAAGAUACAGCAGAAGUAUUGAUUGCUCGCAGGAAAGAGAAACAUGGUUCUUUAAAGGAAAUCUUUAAAGCAGAAAGUAGCCUUGGGAUUGUAAGACAAAGAAGGUCUAUUGUAGCAACUCCAAUCUUAAUUCCUGAAAAUCAGAGACCUCCAUUUCCAAGACCUGUGGGCAGGGUUAUUGACAAUGACAGACCAGAAAGCUCAAAAUUCAGAAUAUUUGGGAAAGGAGUUGAACACGAGCCAAAAGGAGCUUUCAAAAUCGUCGAGAGCACUGGAGAAGUCCUUGUGACGCGGCCCCUUGACCGAGAAGCAAUUGCCACGUAUCAGCUCCAGGUCGAGAUCACAGAUGUCAGUGGCAAAAGCAUAGAAGGCCCGGUCCCUCUAGAUAUCAUUAUCAUUGACCAGAAUGACAACCGGCCUCUCUUCCGGGAAGGACCAUACAUUGGGCAUGUCAUGGAAGGGUCUCCUACAGGAAGUACCGUGAUGCGUGUGACUGCAUUUGACGCUGAUGACCCAGUUACAGAUAAUGCUGUGCUGAGGUAUAAUAUCCUGAAGCAGACGCCAGACAAGCCAUCUCCAAACAUGUUCUACAUUGACCCAGAAAAAGGAGACAUUGUCACAGUUGUGUCACCAGCCAUGUUGGACCGUGAAACAAUGGAAAAUCCAAAGUAUGAGCUAAUAAUAGAAGCAAAGGACAUGGGCGGCAUGGAUGUUGGGUUAACGGGCACUGCUACUGCAACUAUCGUGGUUGAUGACAAAAAUGAUCACGCACCAGAAUUCACCAAGAAAGAGUUCCAAGCCACGGUGAAGGAGGGAAGCACGGGCGUGAUCGUGAAUUUAACUGUUGAAGACCAGGAUGACCCAGCGACAGGAGCGUGGAGAGCCGUUUACACUAUCAUCAAUGGAAACCCAGGGCAGAGCUUCAAGAUCCAUACAAACCCCAAGAAUAAUGAAGGGAUGCUGUCCGUUGUCAAGCCUUUGGACUAUGAAAUUUCAGCUUUCCACACCCUCCUGAUCAAAGUAGAAAAUGAAGAUCUGUUGGUUCCAGAUAUAGCAUAUGACACCAGUUCCACAGCAACUGUUCAGAUCACUGUUCUGGAUGUUAAUGAAGGCCCUGUUUUCCACCCCGACCCAAUGACUGUCACCAAACAAGAAAAUAUCGCUAUUGGCAGUGUUGUGCUAACGGUUAAUGCCACUGAUCCAGAUACCUUGCAACAUCAGACUAUAAGGUACUCCAUUGACAAAGAUCCAGCAGACUGGUUGGAAAUUAACCCACGAAAUGGUACCAUUCGCACCACGGGUAUCCUUGAUCGUGAAUCGCCAUUUGUUUUCAACAAUGUGUACACUGCAUACUUCCUGGCAAUAGACAGUGGUAGCCCUCCUGCAACGGGUACAGGGACAUUGCAGAUUACUUUGGAGGAUGUUAAUGACAACGCCCCCUCUCUUUAUCAAAGGGAGUCGGAUGUGUGUGAAGAUGCAAAAGAUGUAAAGGUGGUCUUCGGAGCUUUAGAUAAGGAUAUUCAUCCUAAUACAGCACCAUUCAAAUUUGAACUGAGCAAACAGUUUAGUCAAGAUAAAGCAUGGAAAAUCACCAGAAUCAACAAUACCCACGCCGAGAUCAGCCUGCCUCAAAACUUGAAGAAGGCCAAUUACAACAUCCCCAUUUUGGUGACAGAUUCCGGGAAACCUCCUCUAACUAACAAUACAGAACUGAUCAUCCACGUGUGCUCCUGCACGAAAAACAAAGUCGACUGCAGUGCAUCUUCCACUCUGCACAUCAGCAUGGUCCUAAUCUUCAUGACGCUCUUCAGUUUAUACUGUCUGUAAGAACUCCUGACAUUUGAAGCUGGUCUAUCGAGUUGCCAUGGUGACAAGCAAAGGAUAAACCGCCCCUAUCAGAAGAUCACUUUUGACUCUGACGCUUCCUUCCCUCCUAAACCUCUGUUGCUCCAAAUUUGGCACUUUGCAACGUCACGCCAUCUAUCCUUCCAGCUGCACGAUUGUAUUUGACAAAACCUCUGGCCUUGCUCUGGCUUACCAAUGGAUUCCUUGUUCAAGACUGACGAUUGAUAUAAUCGCUCACCGAAUGGUUUUAAAAAAAAUAAUAAGAAUUUUAAAAGACCACAACAUCUAAACCUGAUCUUCUUAGGAGCAGAAUUACACAAUGACUCCAUCUCCCCUCCUGUCUCUUGACUUGUUGCUAUUCAACUGUUUAAAAAAAAUGUCUGUGGGUUAGUAUUUGUAUAUGUAUGAGUGUAUGUAUAUGUAUAUAUAUUUAUAUAGAGAGAAGAGAUAUACAAUAGGGUUAGCUUUUGUACGGCAUUCACCGUAGGCUUGUGGUCAAGGACGCAGAGUAGCAGAGAGGCGUCGUAACAUAUACGGAUAAGAAUUAAACACACUGUUUAUGCUGCAUUUACAAUGGUUUAACUUAAAGGCGAGAACAAGGUGGUACCAUAUGAAACAGCCACUUCAUGGGUAUCCAUUUAAAAAAAGUCCUCUACCACCUUCUUCAAUGUAAUCUGCAAUCUAUUCAUUUACACUUCUGUUUCACAAACAAGAAUUAUUGUAUUUUUUCCGCAGCCUAAAGGAGAUCAGGAAAAUAUAAAUCUAACUGUGUCCUGGGGAAAUUAAAAGAACAACAACUCUUAUUUAGUUAUUUCCAAAAAAAUAAUAAUUCAGUCUU